AUGAGGCUAAAAGACAUUUAUAAUCACUUUUUUGGUAUACAGAAUCAUAGUAAAAGUGAUCACUAAAUUGCUCAAAAAUAAAAUUAUAUCACUUAGAGUCAGUCUCAAGAAGGAAAUUAAAACAUAUUUAACUUAAAUACUGUGUCAAAGGAAGAGCUAAAAAAAGGAAAUUAUGACAUUGGCUUUAUAUUGGAGACAGGAAAUACUUUAUUAGGCAGAAACUAGCUCGAAUAAGCAGAGGAAUGUUUUCAGCUUGUAAUAGAAAAAGAUGAAAAAAAUUACUAAGGCUUUAUUGGACUUGGAAAUGUAUAUCACCUUUAGGGCAAGUUUUAGGUAUCUUAAAAUAAUUUUCAAAAAGCUCUAGACUUGAACCCAACGGCUUUUGAAACAAACUUUUAUAUGGGAUCAAUACUUCUAGUUUAACAUAAGUUUGAAGAAGCUAAACACUAAUAUGAAACUGCAUUAAAAAUAUAUCCUAACUCUGCAGCAGCUUACAAGAAUUUAGGAUAUAUCUACUUUCAUCAAUAGCUUUAUGAAAAGUCACAUUAGUGUACAGAAAAAGCGUUAUUAUUAAAUCCAAAUAACUAUGAUAUCAUUUUUAACUAUGCUAAAUGUAAUAUGGUUCUAGGUAAUUUUGACUUAGCAAUUUAACUUUUUCACAAGUGCAUUUAGCUAAACCCUUCAUCGCUUUAAGAUUUUCUUCUUUUAGGGAAAUUGUAUUUUUCUUAAAAAAAGCUGGAAGAGGCUGAUAAAUGCUUUAAAAGCGCUCUAGCAAUAAAUCCAAAGGACUCAACAGCAGAAAACCUAAUCAAAUAAGUAGAAUAGGCUCAAUAUCUUAUCAGUUAGAGCAAAGAUAAUUAAAAGUAAAUGAAUGACGUAUAUACUAAAAAUUUUUUCUUAGAGCUAGGAAAAACAUAUGAAAUGCAAAGAAAAUAUCAAAAUGCGUCAGAAUGCUAUCAAAUAGCUUAAUAAUUAAACCCAACAAAUUAUCUUAUUCAUUUGAUUUUAGCAAUUUUAUACUAAAAAAUUAGAUAUUUAGGAGACCCAAUUUUACAUUUAAAGGAAGCCUUAAAAAUUAAUCCUUCUAUUUAAAUUAUACAUCAACUAUUAGGCUUAAAUUAUUUAUGUUAAAUGAAGUGGUAAGAAGCUGAACUUGAAUUGUUAGAAUAUCUAAAGAAUAAUGAAGAAGAACCUUAAGUAGUUAAUGCCCUGUCAAUUAUUUAUUUAUCUGAUUAAAAUAUUAAUUAAGCAGAAUAAAUUCUAGUAAAAUGCUUGUAAAGUCAUCCUGAAGAUAUUUAGACAAGUUUAAAUUUAUCAUAUGUUUAUAAAAGACAAAAAAAAUACUUUGAAGCAAAAGAAAUUCUUGAAAAAAUAAUCAAACGAAAUCCUAAAACUUCAAUAGCCUUUUUUUAUUUAGGCGAUAUUUGUCUGGCUGAAUAAAUUAAUAUCAAACAAGCAAUUAAUUAUUUUAAUCAAGCUAUCAAUGAAGACCCUAAAUGCUUUGAAGCUCAUUUAUGGGCAGCAAGAGCGUGUAUUGAAUAAUAAGAGCUAAUAAAAGCCUAGGAGCAUUUUAGUUAAGCUUUAAAAAAUAGUGAUCACUAUUUAAUAAAAUUUAUUAUUGAAUCAGAGAAGGAGUUAUAAAAUGAUUACCUAUUUUUCAAAUAACUUGAAAUGGACGAAGAAGAAGGAUAUUAACAGGAAGAAGAAGAAGAAGAUUAACAGGAAGAAAAAAUAAAAUUAUUUAAAAAUUGA